UUCAGAAACCCUCAAACAGAUUGAUUGGGUAGUGCUUCCCUGGGGGCGGGUUUCUGGGCAGGUGCCCAGACAGUGCCCAGGAGCUGACCCCGGCCCUCCCUCUCCCGUUCCAGCCCGCAGAGACGCGAAGCCAGUGCCAGGUCGACGACCCCUCAGGUACCGAUGUUUUCAGAAACCCUCAAACAGAUUGGGUAGCCCUUCCCUGGGGGCGGGUUUCUGGGCAGAUGCCCAUGUUGAACUCAGUGUGGACUUGUGGCGUCUUGCGGGCCUGUACAUUAAUAUGACAGCCGUGACAUCCACCCCACUUCACCAACGCACAUGCGUUUUCUCUCCCGUUAGGGGCCCUGUUUUCUGUUACAAUGGAUCGAGAUUUAGAACAGGCUCUGAAUGGCGCAGAGAAUAUCAUUGAAAUUGCCCAACAGAGACCUCCUAGAAGGAGAUACUCACCUAGGGCGGGAAAAUCUCUGCAGGAAAAACUUUAUGACAUUUAUAUAGAAGAAUGUGGAAAAGAGCCUGAGGAUCCUCAGGAAUUGAGAAGCAAUGUAAACUUGUUAGAAAAGCUUGUUAGGAGAGAGUCCUUGCCAUGUUUACUGGUCAAUCUAUACCCAGGCAAUCAGGGGUAUUCUGUGAUGCUCCAGAGAAAAGAUGGGUCCUUUGCAGAGACCAUUCCGCUGCCUUAUGAUGAAAGGACAUUGCUCGACUACUUGGAUGCAGAAGAAUUACCCCCUGCUUUGGCUGAUGUCCUUGAUAAAGCUUCGGUUAACAUUUUUCAUAGUGGGUGUGUCAUAGUAGAAGUUCGUGACUACAGGCAGUCCAGUAAUAUGCAACCUUCUGGUUACCAAAGCAGGCAUAUUCUCCUACAUUCAGCGAUGCCGACUUUAGCCCAUGAGGUGAAUACAAUGACAAGAGAUGUCCAGAAAUGGAGCCAGGAAGACAAAUUUCCACUUGAGAGUCAACUGAUCUUAGAGACAGCUGAACCACUGUAUCUCGAUCCUUCUGUAGCAGUCUCCUGUUCUGCAAACAGGCUGCUGUAUAACAAGCAAAAGAUGAAUACCGACCCGAUGAAACGGUGCCUCCAGAGGUAUUCGUGGCCUUCUGUAAGGUCACAGCAGGAGCGGUCUGACUAUCCACCUCCUCCUGAGAUGAGAAUUUCGACUUCUGGCCAAAAAGAAGAAAGAAAAGCAGGUCAGCCUUAUGAGCUGGACAUUGCUAAAGCAGGACGUUGUGUUGACAUGUGGAAACGCAGAUCCUGGGAUUUGGCCGUGCCUUCGGAAGUGGAUGUGGAGAAACUUGCUAAAGGGUGUCAGCCCGUCACAGCUGCUGACCCACAGCUCCCAGUCUGGCCAGCCCAGGAGGUAGAAGACCCUUUCGGAUUUGGAUGGGAAGCUGGCUCUCAGGCCUGGGACACCAAGCCAAACAUCAUGCAGUCGUUUAAUGAUCCGUUUUUCAGUGGUGAAAUAGGGCCCCGUAAAAAAGCCAGGCAGAAGAGCCAGAAGUCUCCCUGGCAGCCCUUCCCAGAUGACCAUGCAGCUGGUCUCAGGCCUGGGUCAGAGACUGAUGCUGGGAGGGCAGUGAGUCAGGCCCAGGAAUCGGUGCAGAGCAGAGUCAAAGGUCCAGGCAAGAUGCCACACAGCUCCAGUGGCCCAGCCAGUGUCAGUCAGCUCUCUUCAUGGAAAACACCAGAACAGCCUAAGCCUGUGUGGGUCCAGUCUUCAGUAUUGGGGAGGAGAGAGAAACAUCCACCUCCCCGAAACCAACUUCCCUCAAGCUCAGGAAAGAAUUCCUCAGGUACCAGUUUUCCCCCACAACAGGCAGGCAGCUCUCUUAAGCGUCCUUUUCCUGUGGCAGCUGCUGCUGCUGCUGCUACUGCUACUCCUACUCCUCCUCCUGCUCCUCCUCCUCUUCCUCCUCCUCCUCCUCCUCCUCCUCCUCCUCUUCCUCCUCCUCCUCCUCCUCCUGCUGCUGUGGCAGCAGCGGCAGCAACACCAAGUCAUUCUCAGAAGCCCUCUGUGCGUCUCAUUCAAGCUAGCAGGCCCCGUCCAGCUGCCCGGCCCCCAACCAGAUUCGUAAAAAUAGCCCCAGCCAUUCAAGUCAGGACAGGCUCCACUGGCCUAAAGGCCAUCAACGUGGAGGGCCCAGUCCGGGCAGCCCAGGCUUUGGGUAGCAGUUUCAAGCUUGUGCAGGCCUCUGGCUUGGGUGGCCCGGCUCCUGCAGGAAUCAGUGGCAGUGGCCUUCAGUCCUCAGGAGGUCCACUACCAGAUGCAAAGCCCAGUGCAGCACAGGCAUCUUCUCAAGCACCCCUUCAGUUUUUCCUAAAUACUCCUGAAGGUCUCAGGCCCCUGACACUCCUCCAGGUUCCACAGGGAUCCAUGGUUCUGACCGGCCCACAGCAGCAGUUCCAUCAGCUGGUUUCCCUGCAGCAGCUCCAGCAGCCCACAGCUGCUCACCGUCCUCAGCCAGGGCCACAGGGUCCCGCACUACGUUUGAGCACUCAAGGGCAGGCCUUCCCUGCUCAGCAGCUUCUUAUGGUGAACCCCACUGGAGCAGGUAGUGGUCUGCAGCCCCAGCCCCAGGCAGCUGUGUUGGGUCUACUUGGCUCUGCCCAGGUUCCUCAGCAGGGUAUCCAGCUCCCCUCUGUCUUGAGGCAGCAGCAGCAGUUGCUGCUGCUGCAGCCACAGCCGCUGCAGCCACAUCCACAGCCACAGCGACAGCCGAUCCAGCUCCAGACGCAGCAGUUGAGAGUCCUGCAGCAGCCAGUGUUUUUGGCAACAGGCGCUGUUCAGAUAGUGCAGCCACAUCCAGGUGGGCAAGCAGCGAGCCAGUCGGUAGUGCAGACGAAGGGAGGCAAGCCAACCCCUCCAGCGCCCUGAGGCUUGUGGUAGUUUAUCUCUCUUUUAAAAGCACAGGAGCACUGACCCAAAUGAAUUCCCAGUUUUUACUUGAGUUUUAUGUUUUUUUCCUCAUGUUUUGGUAUGUUACAUUUUAAAAUACACACUUUACACAAAAACACAAUCCACUAAUUUUUAUUUAGAAACAGGGAAGUGAUCUCCUAAAGGAGCAUUGUUUUGCUUAAGUUACUCCUUUUGUUGUCGUUGCUGUUGAUAUAAUUAGUUUUAAUAUAGUAUUUUAAAGUAUCCAAAUCCUAACCAAGUUGAGUUUAAACUUCUGAAGUGUAUAAUUUCUCUAAAGCCAAGAUGGCAAUACCAACAAUGUUAAGUUAAUAUUUUAACAAGAUUUUAAUUUUAAGUUAAUAUUUUAACAAGAAGAGUGCAAUUUAAAUUUUUUUAAAUGGUGGUAAAAACAUAUAAUCUAAAAUGGACCACCUUAACUAUUUUAAGUGCGCGGUUCAAUAGUAUUAAGUCCACCCCCACAGUUGUGCCGCAGGUUUCCAGACCAUCUUACAACACUGAAACUCAUGCCCAUUGAAUACCAGCUCCCCAUUCUCCCUUGCCCAGUCCCUGGCAGCCACUGUUCUGCUUUCUUUCUCUAUGAGUUCACCACCCUGGCCACUUCAUGGAAGUGGAAUCAUAUGGCAUUUGUCCCUUGGUGAGUGGCUUAUCUCACUUGGCAUAAUGUCCUCACGAUCUAUCCCUGCUGUCUCAUGUCACAUGAAGGUCAUUGCUUUUUAAAAAUGGUCUCACUGUACAUAAUAUAUAUGAAAGUGACCUAUGAACUCUGAGAAACCUCUUUCAGAAGAGCGUAAUUGUAUUUAGAUUAAUAGGUUUAUGCACAAUAUAUGGAAUGGAAUUAUUACACAUUCAUUUUGAAAAAUAAAAAGAAAGUACAGUACAGUGAUGCUUGUUACACUGCAGUUGAGUACAUGGGAGACUUCCAAAGCUAUGGAAUAGAAUUAGUGGCAGAUUUGCUUGUGUGACAGUCCCCUGCCCUUUCAAAGGCCCUGUCUGCACCUAGUGCUCCACAGAGCGAGGCUCUCUCACUGGCUUUGAAAAGGCUCUUCCUGGAUGUUUUGUGUGCUCUCUCUUUAUAAGAUCAUUUACAUUUUUUGUAGUUUGUUUGCAAGAAGUUAAUAGUGAAACAUUUGAAAAUCCAUUUUAUUGGUUUGCUUUUCAAAUAUUUGUAGCCUUGUUUCUUAAGUAGAACCCCCGUCUUUGUCUUUGUCUUUUUCUCUUUGUUGAUGCGUCAUCAUCAGUUGUUCAGCCGUUUCUGUUCCCUCAUUUUUUCCCUCAUUGCAGUGAGACUCAAAGAAACAUGAACUUUUGUGUGCUUUUGUUUUCCCUUUCUUUUUCCUUUUUUAACAACUAAGGGGUAAUCACAGAACAACCAACCAUUGUAAAGUACAGUUGUAAAGUGGCAUUUAGUACAUUCAUGAUGUUGUACAACUACCCCUCCUGUUUCCAAAACAUUUUCAUCACCCACCAAGAAGUCUCUGUAUCCAUUAAGCACUAGCUUGUCAUCUCCACACCCCCAGCCUCUGGCAACCACCAAUUUGCUUUCUGUUUCUAUGGAUUUACCUAAAUAUUUCCUGUAAAUGUAGUCAUACAGUAUGUGGUCUUUUGUGUCUGGCCUCUUUCACUCGGCAUAAUGUUUUUGAAGUUCAUCUAUGUUGUAAAAUGUAUUGCUACUUUAUUCCUUUCUGUGGUUCAAUAACAUUCCAUUGUUUGUAUAUAGCACAUUUUUGUUUAUUAAUUCAUCUGAUGAUGGACACUUGGGUUGUUUCUACCUUUUGGGCGCUGUGCAUAGAGCUGCUGUCAACUUUCAUGUACAAGCAUCUGUUCUAGCACCUCAUAUUUUGCUCUUUUACAACCUUGAAGGGCACCCUGUGUAAUACUUGUUUUUCUAGGUACACAUCUAUAUUUCUCUGUUUUUUGCCUUAAUGAAAUAGAAGGAAAUUUGAUCUGGCGGUUCCAAAAGACGUCAGUAAAGAGACAGGUAUCCAGUGAAUCUUACUUGGUGAACCCUUUUACUAAUGCACUACCGAUGCUGUUAAAGAUUUGACCAACUUCAAGCAAACACAUCGAAUUUCCCAAGUGACACCAAGUCCAUCAGAGCAGCCUGAACAUAACUGGGAAUGGUGCCUGCACUUUUAAGAAGCGAACCAGUGCAAUGACCAGUUGUAGAGAAGAGUUUAUGCAUGGCCUUCAGAGCUAAGCAGUGACCUGAACUCCGUAUAUCACCAAAUUUGGUGUAGCUUUCUCCUUUGCCCUCUGCUUCUUUCAAGUAGUACAUGGAGAUAGCAGCUAAAUUUGUGCUUCAGUGAUGUGACCUUCCCUUCCCAGGCAGGCAAAUAAAUUGAGUUUUGUUUCUGAUUA